AUGAGAGGAGGUGAAAGCAACAAUGGCGGAUAUGGAGGAGAUAGAAGCAACAAUGGCGGAUAUGGAGAAGGUGGGAACGGAAAUAGCGGCUAUGGAGGAAGUGGGAGCAACAAUGGUGGAUAUGGAGGAGGUGGAAGCAACAAUGGGAAUUUGAGAGCCAGAAGACCCCAAAGGGCGAUAUGGGGGUGGCAACAAUGGCGGAUAUGGGGAGGUGGAAGCAACAAUGGCGGAUAUGGAGGAGGUGGAAACGGAAAUAGCGGAUAUGGAGGAGGUGGGAGCAACAAUGGUGGAUAUGGAGGAGGUGGAAGCAACAAUGGCGAUAUGGAGGAGAAAAGCAAAACAAUGGUGAAUACGGGGGUGGGGGAAACAGCAAAGGCGGACGCCACGGUGGAAAUGGCAAAAAUGGAGAGCGCUCUGGGCAGUUUCUGUCUGGCACAUGCCGAGUGCAUGCAAGGGAACGUCCACACUCUUAUUGACGUGACGCUGAAUGUCGGAGAGAUGCAGGUGAAUCUGGUGAAUGUUCUCACCAACUGGUGA